UGGAAUACUUGAAUAAUCAACAACCUAAAUAUGUUCAAAUUCAUCGCUCUUGUUGCCCUCUUCGGUUUGGCUACUGCUGCUCGUUUGGAAAUCGACCCAAGUGCCGACUUCAAGAUCCUUGAAAACGACAUCACACCCGAAGGUGCUUUCCGUUAUGCUUUCCAAACCGCCAACGGUAUUGAGGCCAACUCAGCUGGUGAUGCUAAUGUGAUCUCAGGAUCAUGGAAAUACAUUUCACCUGAAGGACAAACCAUUGUUAUGUCAUACACCGCUGACGGUGAAGGUUACCAUCCAAAGGGAGACCUUUUGCCAACCCCACCACCAGUGCCAGAAGCCAUCAUCCGCUCCAUUGAAUGGAACUUGGCUCAUCCAGUCAAGGAUGCUGUCUUGGCCCGUAAAUUGUAAAUUUACCGAUUAAAAUUGAUGCUAUUU